ACUUCAGUCCCUAGCUGCCCUCCUUUCUCCCCGCACUGGUGUUCAAAUCUAGAGAAGAAGAAAAAUGGAGGACAAUGGUGGAGGUGCAGUUGCCGCGGGUUCAAGUGGAACAGCAGCCGGUAGUUCGUCGGCCGGUACUCGUUCUUGCUUGACAGAAGAUGAAUACCAAAAGCUGGUCAACGCAGUACGCCCAUGGUUUCGUAGUGUGGUGAGGAUUAUCCGGACAAGGGGGACUAAGAAAAAGAAGGAAGCUAUAUACACUAGCAAUGCUCUCGUGGUGCUUUCACGUGCAGAGAGGAGUUUUUUUGUCACGUGCAACCAUAAUCUGGGUCGCAAUCCAAAAGAUGCAACAAUUAGAUUGUACAAUGGAACAAAAGACUAUCCCAUUGACAUGAUUCACUACCGAGAUUCAGAUCUUGACCUUUUAUUAUUUUCGGUCAAGAAUGUUCCCGUAUUACAAGAACUUCCCAUGUUCUGUCCCAAAUCGGAAGAACCAUCGCGUUUUGACCUGGUUGCAGUACUUGGGUUCAGCUGCCCAAAAGUACAAGUCGAUCAACCACUGGAGGACCUGGUAUUGGUGAAAGAACCAACAAUCCUUCCAGGAGAAAUAGUAGAUGAACCAUUUCAUGAGACGAAGUACAAGCUGAACCUUAUAAAUAGUUGUAGCACCACAGCAGGUAUAUCAGGUUCCCCAUUGUUUAAUGAAAUGGGUAAGGUCGUUGGCAUACACCUAGCUACUGACAAAACUAUGAGGGAGGCUGCCUCUGCUGAUACACUGCUGGUACGGCUGAAAAGAUGGCUUAGAGAUGGAGAAGAUAGCAAUACCAUUGAGCAGUUGGUUGAAAAGGUCUAUGAGAAGUUCAGCCAUGGUGGCAAAAGCAAACGUUGAGCUGUCAACUUAAGAAGUUAACAAUGAAGAGCAAACAGAUAAGAAGAGGGCUAGUGAAGACAAAGAAGUGGGGAAGACUCACUCGCUCUUUCUUUGUGCUAAGAAGAUGAAGAUUAAUUUAUGUUCUUGUUCUUGUAAAAGUAAUGAACCUUCUGUUGGCUGUCGCACUGAAGUUCGUGUAGUUGGUGUCGUGGAACUUUAGCAAUGUUGCUGUGUUGUACUAGUACUUCUUUUGAACUUCACAUUGCUUCUGACGCUAUUUGAAAGAACAAUGAGUAUGAUGUAACUUCAAUAACUUCAUUAGUUAUAGGUUUGUCGCAGGGCGGAGCAGUGAA